AUGGCGUCCGGAGGCGAGUCGACUUUAGGCGCGCUGCCGAAAAUUGUCUGUGAAUACUGUAAAAAAACAGUUGUGAAUCAUGUGAAGUGCAAGAAAUGCAAUGACUACUUCCACCCACGGUGCAUGGUCCAGUCAUCUCAAGCAAAAAGUGCAGUUUGUCGUCACGAUGAUGAAAGUGAAGAUGAACUUCAACAACAAGAAGACGAUCAUCAAAUCGAGAACGGCGAUGCUAUGAGGUAUAUUGCUGAAAAUAAAUUACUUCGCAGAUUAGUCAAGGAAUUGGAAUCCAAAUGUGAAAUAUUGAAUCAUCAAAAUAAACCAAAAAUGUUCAGCAACCGAGGAGUGAAUGCUGCAAUCUCUAAAGCUCAAUCAUCGAACAAAAUGAAAGAAAUUUUAGAUUUGGAGAACAAAGAAGGAGAUGAUGAUGGAUGGGAAAAAGUGGUUAAUAGAAGAAUGCCUAGAAAAAGCCGCAAAUUUGUUGUUGGAGGCAAUGAAGAAAACACUGGUGUCACUACAAUUGCGAAAUAUACAUCGUUACACGUCACCAGACUCAACCCGAGCACCGAACCAGAUGAUCUUAAGAAAAUCCUGAUGGCAAAUUUUCCAGAAGUCACAUGUGAAAAACAUCAAUCUAAACAUCCUGAGUUAUAUGCAUCCAUGAAAGUUACUAUAAAGCAAGAACAUUUUGCGAAAGCCUGGAAACGUUAUGGUAACUGA